AUGUUUAUGAGGGGCGAAUUGGUUGCGUAUGCCACAUUGGCGCUCAGCCAAACUAAUAUCCCCAAAUGCUUCAAUUACGUCUAUCUAGGUCGGAAAAUCAACACGGUGAACGACUUAGCUCUGGAGCUUCGGAGCGAUCAUCUUCGCUUUGCUGAUGACGUCGUCCUUAUAUCACGAAACAUUAGCCAAGCGGAACGUAUGCUUGACGACUUUGAUAAAGCUUGUGGAAAGAUUGGUAUUCCAGUAAAUCUCACCCAAACGAUGUUAAUGAAGAACGGAUUGCCAGGACCGACUUUCUACUAA